AUAAAAAAAAAAUUUGUAUUCCAAGUAUUCUUUAAAUUUUAGGGAGACAUUUUUUAUGAAUGAUUUGAUUUUGUGAAGUCAUUUUGAUUCAAGCCGUCAACCUCAAGAACAUGUAGUACCGGGUCGGGGAGGAUGUGGGCCUUCAUUGCUUAGAUCCACAUCUAGUAGAUUGAGACGUAGUUUCUCCAGUCUCCUAUCCUCUUAUAGUCGGUCAUCUACUACUCAACGAUAUGAACCCAUAGAUGUGUCAUCAAUGACCCGCGAACCCUCUGGACUUGAUCCCCAUAAGUCACAAUAUCAUCAAAAAAAAUUUAAAUUUUCGUCAGCAGGUGUAUUAAUAGAAAAAGCGAGAAAGAUGAUUAACAUUUUUUGGUAUGCUAAUGCACUGCCAUUUAAUUUUGCAAGCUCAGACUUCUACCCACAGAUGGUAGCUUCUAUAGCUGAGGCAGGGCCAGGUGUUAGAGGUCCAACUGCGAAGGAGCUUGCAGGGCCAUGUUUAGAAGCUGUUGUUCAUGAUGUUGAUAAGCAUAUUGCACAGUUCAAAGACUGUUGGCCAAGUACAGGAGUGACCAUCGUGACUGACGGUUGGAAGGACAAGUCCCAUAGGUAUCUUGUCAAUUUUUAAUAGGUUGCCCUAGGGGCAUUGUUUACCACUCUAGCAUUGAUUUAUCAAGAAAGAGAUAUACUGGGAGAUUGAUAUGCGUACACUUAGACAAAAUUAUAGAUGAGGUUGGCCUGAAAAUGUGGUCCACGUCGUGACUGAUAAUGCUGCGAAUUGCAGAAAAGCAGGCUUAUUGCUAAUGGAGAGAAGACUCAAUCUUUAUUGGACUCCUUGUGCUGUCCAUUGUAUUAAUUUGAUUCUCAAGGAAAUAGGGAAGCUGAAGAGGGUUAAAUAUUGUAUUUUGAAAAGCAAGUUGAUUACAAGGUUUAUAUACAAUCACACGUAUCUCCAUGCUUUGAUGAGCACACGUAUCUCCAUGCUUUGAUGAGGGAGCAUUGCAUGCGAGAGAUUGUCAGGGAGUCCACUACUAGAUUCGCUACAGCAUUCCUUACGAUACAAUCGAUAUUGGUAAACAAGACAGGAUUGAGGUCAAUGAUACGCUCUAAUGAAUGGCAGACUGAUAGGGCAGCAAUGAGUCAAUUUGGAAGGUAGGUUGAAACCACCCUUCUCGAUCGGCGGUUCUUGGCUUGAUGUAACCAUGUUUCUGUAACUGAACCUUUAGUACAGGUAUUGAGGUUAAGUGACUCUGAUGAUAAACCCACAAUGGGGUUUCUGUUCAAAGCAAUGAGACGUGCAAGGGAAGCUAUAUUUGAGAAUAACAUAUGGAAUGAAGAGAUAUUGGAGGUUGUUGAUCGUAGGUGGAGAGACCAACUGCACCAGGAUAUCCAUGCAGCAGGGUUCUUUCUUAAUCCACCAAAUUUGUACUUCAAUCACUUUAGAUGAUGCAGAUAUCAUGGAGGGGGUAAGAAACUGCAUCUACAGGCUUGGACCUGAUCUUGAAACUCAAAUGGAGUGUAUGCAACCGCUUAUCGUGUACAUGGAAAAAAAUGGGGAAUUUGCAUACAACAAUGCCAAAAAAGCAGCUGCAAAAUUGCACCCAACACAAUGGUGGAUGAUACACGGAAUUCGAACAAAGCAAUUGCAAAAUAUUGCCGUUAGAAUUUUGAGUCAAACCUGUGCUGCUGCCUCGAGCUGUGAGAGAAACUGAAGUACAUUUCAGUAGAUACUCGCCCCGAGGCGGAAUAGGUUAAAGACAUAAACGUUGCACAAGUUGGUGUACGUUCAUUAUAAUUUGAAAUUGAGAGAGAAACAUAAGGAGGAACCCCACAAACUACACGUCGAUCAACCUUGAUUACAUCUUCCGGAGGGACCUCACCGAUGAGUGGGUGUCACUAAGGACCCCACUACUAGACCAAGAGUUUCUUAGUGGGGCAGUUGCCGAUAUGGAUGAUAAUGUGAAUGUUGCUGCAUCCAAUGAAGGAGACAUGUUAAUGGACAUGGAUGACGAUUAUACACAGGAUGAGGCACAGGAUGAUGAAACAAAUGGGACAAUGAAAAACAAUUGGCAAGAACCAGUCAUCCAGGAAUGUGAACGGGCGCAACAUGAUGCGGUGCCUGAUGAACAGGAAUAUUUAAUGAGUUGGCUCGGGAGGAAGUCCAGGCAUUGAGGCAUAGGAGUUACUCAACAACAAGGGAGAGACGAUGCCGUAGCCGUCACCGUAAAAUGGUUAUUCAUGAUAAUGAUAAUAUUGAAGAUGCUGAGGGCCAUAACACAGAAAAGGGUCGGGGUAAUACAGAACAGGGUGAGGGUCACAAAGAACAGGAUGCGGGUAACACAGAACAGGGUGGGGGAGAGCAUGAAGGCUGGACGAGUCUAGGAGACUUUGGCCAAGGGGGUGCCACAAGAAAUAUUCCUAACUGGCGAGGGGGCACAACUGCGGCAUUACAAACUCCACCAAGCCUUAUUCAGAUUUUUUGCCCCCGUAAAUCCUGAUAGUGAAACACAACAAUAUCAUGAUCCCCCUCGCUGCUCUCAUUACUACUAGCAUUGUUAGUUGGACUUUGUAACUUCAUUAAUUGAAUUAAUGUCAAAUUCUAAAUUGUCUU